AUUCACAUCUCUCAGUUCUACCUCAUUAUGAGAAACAUUCCUCAUCUGGGGUCUUAAAAACUCCCUGCUCUUCAUUGAGCCACGAUUCCACAUAGAAAUGUCAUGUCAUACAUUCUAUGUUAAGAAUUUUUGAAGAAAUAUCCAUAAUGAGUAAUGCUGGACCACAGUUCGUGAAAGGAACAUUUUUGUUAGUAUAGAUUAACACAUUUUAACUAAUGCUGAGAACUUCCUAGCUGAAGUUGUUGAUAAGUGUUCCACAUUAUUAGAGGAAUUGUUCCAUAUCUGCCAGGGAAGGUUCAGAGCUGUUGACUUAUUAACGCCAAGAUCAUUCAUUACUUCUGGAUCGCAGGUGUUCUUUUUGGUGAUAUUAUUUAAGGCCAGACAUUUUCUAGUUUUCCCAUCUGUGAUAAUGUUCUCUGUUUUAAAGCACUACACCCAAGGACUACUUGAAUCAUUGAACAUAGGUGUGUAGUUGGUGAUUCUAAUAACAAAGAUGCAUUGAAAAGAAAACAAUAUGAUGACUGUGGUUUUGCUUCUGACCAUGAAAUGCUUCGUUAUUGGUCAGAAUUAUAGAAGUGCAACUGUUAAGAAAAUAGGAUUUGUUUGCAAAUUAUUUUUGAUGCGUGGAGAUAGUUACUGUUAAAUCAAAUUAGUAAGAAAAUCUUAUCCAGAUUGCAGUGCCUGCCUUCCAUGUGAACUGUGGAUUUUAAUUCAGGGUUGGUUAUAUUGCUUACUGGUAUACACUCAAACAUUUCUGAUCUUUGCCAUUGCGUAGAAAAGUGCGCAACAUAGUUGUAGCAGAUUUCGGGAUGCGAUAAACGGCUCGAAAUUUUUAUGCGCAGUACUGUAUAGCCUAAUGCCCGUUAAAAAAUAAAAUGGUCACGGUUACAGUAAGGAGCAAGAUCCGAACCACGAUCACUAGAAAAGCCAGUAAGAAACACGUGUGUGCGCGCGCCCAUCAGAAAAGCCACCCCUUUUGACGUUCAUCAGAAUCCUCCUUUUUUUCCUUUAGACAGUUGCCAAAGUAUCCAGUACUGAUUGUGAUUAUCGCGCGUCCCUUUAAUACAAAAAUCAGGUUUACGAAACGAAAUAAAACAUCUUACCAUUGUAAACGCCGUCAUCAUCCUUCUAAAACACAGCAGGUUUAAAUGAUCUUAUUCUAAUAUUUAACUUACUGUAUGUAAAGCGAACUUGGUCUUGGUCACUUUAGUUUAUUAAUAUAAUAUAAUACAUUGAUUUAAAGCAGCCCCCGAGGGUGCCUUUGAUGAAGUUGGUUCUCCUGCUGGUGUUUGUGCCGCAGUACUUGUGCCCAACUUUCCCUGUUAGUUGGGGCUUUUAUGAACUUCUCUGCCUGCUAUCUUUCUUGUUAUGCCCUCCCAGUGCACACUCAGCCCACGUAACAAAUGCAGAAUAGCUUGCUCCCUCUACCACCAGUCACGUGGGAGACAUUUUUUCAAGUCUCCAGAAUUUUCAUGUCAGUGGUCCAACUCUCAGAUGUUGUAAGGAGAGGACGGGCAACGUCUGCAACCUGUAUGCAGGUCCUCGGGCGUGCAAGUCUAUAACUCUAUGCUCAGUGGAAACCUACUCAUCUCCGAUGGUUUGGCAGAGACAGCUGGGGGAGGAUGCGGCUCCUCGUCUUCACAACUUUUUGUGGAUUAUUGCUCCCUGCAGGCUUGGCUCUCCAAAUUCAGUGCUAUCAGUGUGAAGAAUUUCAACUGGAUAAUGACUGCUCCAGCGCCGAGUUCAUAGUAAAUUGUACCGUCAAUGUACAGGAUGCCUGUCAGAAGGAAGUGAUAGUAAAAAGUCACGGGGUAAUGUAUCGGAAGUCAUGCGCCUCACAUUUGGCAUGCCUUUCUGCCUCUUCAGGAUAUCAGUCUUUCUGUUCACCAGGGAAAAUGAAUUCAGUUUGUAUUACCUGCUGUGACACUUCACUGUGUAAUGGACCUCGGCCAAAGAGAAGGGAGAAUUCUGCAGAAGCACCAAACUGUGGCACAGCUCUUCUAACUGCUCUUUUAGCACUUACAAUGGCUAACUAUGUAAUUCAAGAAUAAAUAUCUUUUACCUUUUCCAUCAUCUGAUAUCCCCAAAAGAGGACAUCAACUUUAAAGAAGAACUAUUUAUAAAUGAGCCCAAUGUUAUCACCAGUGGUAGUUGUAUCACUGCUGUAUAAUAUAGUGAAAAAUUAACAUUUGGUUAAUAUCACCACAACAAAAUAGCAGUAAAGGCUCUUCUUUAAUGCCACUACACAGAAAUACAGUGAAACAACAGAGGUUAAGUUAUUUAUUCUGCAUCAAUUAUCAUCUAGCUAGUUUCCAUCUCUGGAUUGUUGUUCCUUUUUAUGCAAUUAAAGCUGAUUACUCAGUAUAUGCCUGUUUUCAAUAAGAAACUCAAAAUUCUCAUUCAUGAAAGCCAUUAUGUUCAAUGCUGACCACAUCACUGACUACCUCUGGAUGUUCUAGAAGUAGCUUUGGCUCCAGUGAUUCAAUAUUUGGUUCAAGUAGUUGUACAACACCCUCAGAAGUAGUACUACUCUGUAUAAUGCUCGAGGAAGUCUUAUCAUCAACUAUCUUAGAAGGAGAUUGUUUGAAAGAAGCACGUAGAAGUGGUCGCAACGAUCGGGCACUAUUAGCUCCAGAACUAAGAUGGCUUGACAGUUUCUGCUUGUUGACAUGUUCAAUUGUCACAUUGCAAUGAAGAACUUGCAUAAAGACUUCUCUGAAUUGCUUUGAGGAGAUGUUGUACAACAAUGGAUUCACCACAGAACUGAGGUAAAAAAAUGUGUCUGCAAUCGGCACCAGAGUUAUGUAGACAUCCAAAUAUGAUGAAGUCCACUGGUCUUUCUGCAGAGCAGCUGUCAUGAUUCGACGAAUCUGAUUCGGUAUCCAGCACACAGCCAGUGUUGAAACAAUAAGGCCUGUACAUAAAAAAUAAAUAAACAAAUUGUGAGAUUCUCAAUGUUUCUGCUGAUAAUUAAGACAUAAAGCAUUUUUUCCUCAUUUAAUCUGAGAGCUUUCAGCAACUUCUAGGUUUCUUUUCUGAUAAGUUGCAAAAUCAGUACACUGUGCUGCAAAAAUGAUUGAAGAACAACAUGCAACUGUUAUGAUGUUUUAGUCAGAAAGUGCUUUUUCUUCUUUCUAUUCUAGGCACUGAAGUACAACACAAAACAAAUCAAAGCUUAAAUAGUUAUCAUCCCAAUCUCUAUCUGUACUCUGUCUUCACACAUUUUUCUUCAGCUUUUAUGUAAAACUUCUCGUUAUUAACUUCAUAACUUUUUGAUUCUUCUAAUGCAUCUGCUUUGGUGUACUGCAACGGUAUGUCUUAGUGUGAGAUGCUUUUCAAGGAUGGCACAGGUAAAGAAUGACAGGAAACAUGACAUCUCUGACUGAGAAAGUGAGUGACUAAAUGGAGAAAGGGUUACUGCUCCUAAGACAUAUAGCCUUUAGAAAAGUAAGUAAUUUAGUCAAAGUUUCUUUUGGAAACAAGAACACAACCAUAAUACUUGUUUAUGGUCUUGCAACUAACAAAAAAUCUUACCAUUAAAAAACAAACGACCUGUCUCAAGAGAUAAUCAAAAAAGUAUUAAUUUGGAAUGUUGCCAUUUUAUGUCAAAAGAGAAGUGGGAAUGAAUGAAAAAAAGAUGGAUGAUUGUCAUAUCAUGAAGAUAGUGGAUAGGUUGAGAAACAGUUAAGAAUGGCAACUACCACCCCGUCAGAAAAAAAAUAAUGGUGCUACUUUUAGUGUUUAUUUAGAAUGGUAUAGAGAUAAUAUCUCUCAAAGAAAAUCACAUGAUCAAAAGCCUAUUGUUCAGUUGCUGGCUGUAGUUUCCUUUAAGUAUUUGAAAAAAGGUGUAUUUGCAUUAGUUGACAUCUUGUUUUUUGGGGGUGUUCAUGAAUAUAUUCACCCCAUGGGGAUACAAUUUUGCUAUGUUACUUCAUUUGUAUCUGCAUAGUAUAUCAGAAUAUAAAAUGUAGGGUUAUACUGAAUUAAGCUAAUUGGAAAAAAAGACUUGCACAAAUGGGUAUGCCUAAAUCAAAUGUUUGCAUUCUGUUUGCACUGGAAUAAAAUAUUUUUGUCAUUUUAUAUAAUGUUGCAUAUUCUUAAUGAUUGUCUCCGCUACAUAGGCAAGCACACAACUGAAGAAUUAAAAUAAUUUAAAGUGAUUUUAUUUUAUGUGUAAAAAGAAAAGAAUAAAGAAGUGCAGUAUGCCUUUUAUUCAACAGUUACUUGUCUGCUAAAAUUUAUGUUCGUACCACUUCUGUUGGGCUUCAUACGUCUGUGGAAUUGAUGUUAGCUUAGAAAACACUGAGAAAAUUCCCCAUGUGAAGAGUGCUGUUUUCAUUUAUUUAUUCCACCAUUAUGCCCCCUUAACAAAGUGGUAGCAAUGUAAAAGUGCUCCUUGGAAGGAGUACCUCUUUUAUGAAAGUAGAUUAUACUGCUCUUAUUUGUGUGUUUGAGUAGCAAGAUUUGACAUAUACAAGUCCAGCUGAGAAAGACCAGAAUGAACUCCCUUAAGUACUGCAACAUUUGCUGAAAAUUAUAGCUGCUACAUAGACUGCUGUAUACACAAUAGUAUUCUUCUGUAAUAAAUGAUGAAAAAAAAUAA